AUGGGUAUCUUGAACGAAUACUGUCCUAGACUAGGACGCGUUCAGGUAACCACUUACAGCCUUCAGCAAUUGAGAUGGCAAGCAACUUCUUCACCUGCUCAGAAUGUCACCAGCCCUAAAUCUGGACGCUCGAGGAAGUCUCCUCUUGGAAAGCUUGCGCAGCAAAAAGAGGAAGACAAACAGUUCUUUGCUGACCUUCUCUCUGCUGCUGCAACCAAACGCGAUGCGAAAGCAUACCUCUCACGACUGAAGUCCGACCGCUUCAAUGCAAAGCCAGACUUGUCCGGAAUCUUCUUUCCGACGAAUGCUGUCGCGGACACCCCAAAGUUCGAGCAGAAUGCCCUAAGCAAGAGCAGCGAGAUUCAAUAUGCAGAACUACCGCAUGUUGCACUGGUCAAGAUCUCAGCAAUGAGCCAGAUUGACGAUGGCGUGUUGCGAGGUAUCGCAGGCACUUUGACCCAACUCGCUAGACUGAGUAUGCUUCCCUGCAUCGUGAUUGACGAAGACACCGAACUGAGCCCCAUUCAGCGGCGGAAACAGGUAGAACAACAGGCAGACCGACUCGUGAGCGCUAUUGAAGACUCGGCAGGCUAUAGCGUCAGAAAAGUGUCCGACAUUCUCAGCAUAGGGUCCGAUGGACGAGCUAUGGUAACGAUGCCGGCCUUGCUCGAGAGACCGCUUCAACGUGGACGGAUUGUCUUGGUCAUGCCUGUUGCCUAUGACCCUGCCACACAAAGCAUCACCUCGGUAAAGGGUGAUGACGUCUUGGUGGCAUUGACGAAGUACUCGACAGGUCACGAGUCUUCUUCGUGGUCCGGCGGUGUCAACACCACCAGCACCUCGCCCAAGGCAGCUGUGAUCGACCGGGUCAUUGUCAUAGAUGCAGCAGGAGGUGUCCCAAGCACCAAGUCUAUCGACCAGAUGCAUGUCUUUGUGAACAUGGAGCAAGAGUAUCACUCCUUGCAAGAAGAGCUUCGCAGCUCAAAUGAUGACAGAGUAUCGCCUUCCCAUGCGUCGAACCUGUCAAUGCUUCGGCAAUGCCUGCAGUUGCUUCCAUCAACAGCUUCUGGUCUGAUUACAACUCCAUUCGAAGCCGCAAAUUCAUGUCAGAGAGCACACGAUAGUCCUCCCGAUGUCUCAACAGUGGGAACUCGUCGUCAGCGUAACCCUCUUAUCCAUAGCUUGCUCACUGACAAGCCCGCCUAUUCGUCUUCGCUACCAUCGAGCCGCUUGUCGACAGAGUUUCCAGUACUGACAACCUCGACAUCGGUCAAGCACGGAUUGCCGCUGACUAUUCUGCCAAAUCCCGAUGCUCAGCAGUGGACACCAACAAAGAAGCCAUGGAUCCAACUGACGGACCCACGCAUUGACCUUGAUCGGCUGGUCUACCUCAUCAACGAUAGCUUUGGUCGACAGCUAGACGUUCCAGCCUACCUUCGGCGGGUCAACGACACAAUCGCUGGAGUCAUCAUCGCUGGAGACUACGAAGGUGGCGCAAUUUUGACAUGGGAGCGUCCUUCCUAUCUUCCUUCUGAUAGUGAUCGACUGGUCCCUUACCUCGACAAGUUCGCGGUACUGAGGAAGGCCCAGGGUGGAGGAGGUGGCGUAGCCGACAUCUUGUUCAACGCGAUGACUCGCACUUGCUUUCCUGACGGCGUGUGCUGGCGCUCUCGGAAGAACAACCCGGUCAACAAGUGGUAUUUUGAGCGAAGUCGAGGAACCUGGAAACUCCCGGGCAUGGACUGGACCAUGUUCUGGACGACACCAAAUGUUGUGGCUCCUGGAGUUAGGUCACCAAACAGAGGAGGGGUGUCGAAUCAGGACACGUUCCUUGACUACGAGACUGUGUGCCGAAGUGUGCAGCCGACUUGGCUGGACAAAAAGGCCGCGGCCUGA